AUGGAUGGUGGGAUAGCCCCAGCCUGUUACCUCAGAGCAGCGCCUGGGCUGGCCCUCAUCUGGCCCUGGCCCAUGGUCGGUCCUGCUGUGGCACCACUACUCUACCGGCCCGGCAGCCUCCUCUAGCGAGUGCCAAGCGGCAACUUCUAUUCCUGUCUCUGGCCCUCACAUGAAAAUCCAAAUAGUGGCAGAACAAGCAGACCUCUCAGGACUUUGACUGCCCCCCCCCAGCAGGGUUUAUGACCCCAUGCUCCCAGACUGGGACUGAUAGGAAUCUCUGGACAGGGGGUCCCUGAGUGGUACCCACCACCGCUGCCUAAUAAACCAUAAAGCCUCAAAGGCAUAUUUUCCGUAAAGGGGUUGACCGGGGUCGCCCUGAAAUGCCCGACCCGCUCAACCCCACCACUCACCUCUCUCUCCCUCUCUGGGAAGUGACACCUUAGCCUCAGGAAGUGGACCCUCUCACAUACAUAAAUACAGCCUUACCACCCACACACACACAGCGCUGCAGAGAGAGAAAUAUAAAGAGAGGUGUAUUUUGUCAGCCAAGGAUGUUAAUAAAUCAGCCCUUUAUGGCUUUAAAAGCAUUUCACUGCUGAAAUAUCUGACAGUCCACUGAAUAGCCCCAUAGACGUCCUCCCCUCUUUGAUCGCACACCCACUCUCUUUCUCUCACACACACACUGACAGACCUGAAUGGACACACACACAUUCAUACACACUCAAUCUAGGACUAUUUAUAGCCACAUUAUAGCACAGUGCCUCUUUCUCACAUUGUGUCGGUGGAAGUUUCCUGCUCCAUGUAUGUCGUUGCAUCAUCUGAAGCAGAGGCAUCAUCGUAGCAGGGGGUUUAUGAAUGAACACAGCAGUCUCAGCCAGAGGCAGGGAGAUGGCACCGUUCCCACUCUGAUGUCAGACACUGAGAGUGAGAGCCGAGGGAGCCUCCCAUUAAUUAAUUAAUUAAUUAAUUCAUUCAUUCAUUCAUUCAUUCAUUCAUUCAUCUCCCCCCAGUCAGUCCUGUGAUCGACUCACAUUACAGCUCAAUGACUCAUCCUUCCACUCUCCCUUCCUUCCACUCCCCUCACCCACCCUACCCCACCCCGACUUGCCCUGCCCCGCCCCAGCCCCACCACAGUUCCUUAGGGCCAUGGCCCCGGCCGCAAAAUCCCAAUUUCACGUCCUCGCUCCGGCGCACAGGCGAAGAAGGCUGCUAAUUUUGUUCAAGUGUGUCUCCCUCCUCCUCCUGUUCUCUGCUGCUAACAUACCUGGGGCCAGAGGUGUGGACUGGAACCUUUGUCUGCAGGGAAGGUUAGGAGUGGGGGAAGGGGGAUGGUUUUCCGGCAUGCACAGCAUCUAUUCAGUGGGUGUCUCUGGGGUCUAAUAUCAUUGUGGCACUCCGCACACCAACCAGUGACAAUCAAUAUAUUUUACAGUAAAUCUACAGCACAUCUCUCUCCCACUGUCUGUCAAUGAUUAUAUAGUCCCAUUUUACGUACCACUUCUAAUAAAAAAUGUAAUGAUCCAUAUGUUUUCCUAAUUGGCAGGCAAUAAGACUAUUUACCACAAGCCACAUGCAGGCACUGUCCUCCCUCUCCACUGUAAUCUAAGUUGUGGGUGUCAUAGAUCACCAACCUUACCCUUCUUCUGUCAUAAUCACACUCCUUAUUAACCCAAUCACACUGUCAGUCCACUAAAUGGAUGGGUCUUAUCCUAUGAUAGACUACCACUCUGUGUGUAAGAGGCGGCUGGUGGAUGCUUAACGCUCAGUGAUACUGACCCUGCCCAGCCUGCCCUAAUGGGACUCCCAGGCAUUGAAACCAUAUCAGGGCCUCAUAAUUUAGCAGAGACUCUAGACCCAAGCCAGCCUCCCCAGUUAUUAGAUGUACAGUACAUUAGCUAUCUUACAGAGAACUGCGUGGGCCGUUUAGAGAGGGAGUGAGUACCAUUCACAGUAUACUGUAUGAAAUGUAAUCAUUUGUAAUGUGUAAAACAGAAUAAAAUUCAGUUCAGUCUAUAGGAGCUUCAUGCACCAGAAAAUAUAAUGUUGAAGUUAAAACAUCAAUGUUAUGCAGUUCAAACACACUCACAUUGGUUAAGUCAUAAAACCGCCUGUUUCAGCUGGUGGGCAUCUGGACGAUAUGAACCCCCACCUGUGUGUGUCUUUGAUGGGGGCCCUGGUUCUUAGAUAGCUUUAGGCCUGCGUAGGCGAGCGUGGGGCUGACGAGAGGGCAGACAAACUCCUCUCGAUCCAUCUAAAAUAAAGUGCAACAUUCUCUCAGUCUGAGCAAGCCCCAUCUCAUCUCAGCCAGAGCCCACUCUCCACUAGAGCUAUCUAACACUACAUAAUUACUCAACAACCAGCCGCCUCGGUGGAGAAGGUCAAGACGACCGUGCAGUCAGGAACAUGGUGUACGCUAUACAGUCAGGUCUCGUUUUAUUUUCAUUUCAGAAUGCUUUCAGAAUCUGAGCCUGUUUUGCUCUGUGAUGUCGAGGGCCUUGUCUGACAAUAGCCUCUUCAGUCUUUUGCAAUAUGAUACUAAAAUAGCACGAUACUGUAGAAAUGUGUAACCAAGCCAAUAGAGUGGUUACUCUAAUAUGUAGUAUAAUCAGGACUUCCAAAUGGAGAGAGAGGGAGCAUGGAGGCCUAAUCGAAUCACACACCGGCACAGUGUUAUGGUUCGACCUUCAUUUGGGCACUCUGUAUAAUUUGGCCUGUCAGCUUCUAGUGGUUAGGCAGAGAGAGAGAGAGAGCCUUUGGUUCCAGGCAGGCAGCGUUGGGUUACAGCUCCACAGCCCAGAGAGGAGGGACAGCUGUUGUGCAUUCCAGACGAAGUCGGGAACGUUGACGAGCAGUGAAAACACGCAUGAACUGUACAUCGCCACGGCCUCCCCUUCGCUGGGCUGGCAGAUCAAACCAGGGCAGAGAUGCCAGAACAUCUGAGGCGUCGAGAGAGAGCAGAGGGGUGACAAAACGUCUCCAGUCUCCCUCCAGGCCUGCUUGUGAUCUGAUAGUUGAGUUCACACGGCGAGGGGUGAUAGAGAUUGAGUGACAUACAGCCUUGGUUAUAAUUUAUGCCUUUCUUUGUUAUGAAAUGUGGUGAUUUCUAUAUUCAUUCACAGUAGACUGUCACAGUCAUUGUCUGUCUGUCUGUCUGUCUGUCUGUCUGUCUGUCUGUCUGUCUGUCUGUCUGUCUGUCUGUCUGUCUGUCUGUCUGUCUGUCUGUCUGUCUGUCUGUCUGUAUGUAUGUCUGUCUGUCUGUCUGUCUGUCUGUGUUUGUCUCUUUCUCUCUCUUUCCAUGUCUUUGUUUUUUGAGACUGUUGCCAUCUUGAUCCGAGUAAGGUUUUAGCACUCUAGUCUAGUGCUCCUGCCCUGGGGGCUUUCCCUCUCCUCCUCCCUCCAUCCACCCCUCUGUAGACUGGUAGAGUCUAAUUAGAUCAGUGCGAGUCAUCAGGCACUGUUUAAAGCCAUCAAAGAGUGCUCUGUCUCCUGCUGGGUGCCCACUGGCUGUGUGGGGAGAACAGUGGGCCUGUGUGUCCGGGACCUUAGAGACACUCACCCUCCACACACCCCCCUCGACCCCUUACCCCCACCCCCUCCAGCCUGGCAGGGCUCAGGGUGACAUCAUCACCUCGUCCCUGACCUCUGACCCUUGCCGUUUGACCACCGUGGUGUUGGGGUGACAGUAGACCCUCUGUGUGUCGGGGGGGGGGGGACAUAGUUAAGAGGUCACAGUGGCCACUGAUAGGUAUCAGCCCCACUCUGUGAGUCCCACCCAGGGUGUGACUGGGUCACCAGUGAGAAUGGCCUCUACCUUGUCCAUAUGUGAGGCAUUCAUGUAUUAUAUUGCCAAACAAACAACUCAAAACACUUUGAGGCUCUUGGACAACACGGACAGCGGAAGCUGGAGCAUGUGUUGUUUGUGUGCACCCGUAUGUGACCAAUGCAUUUGUGGCAGCUGCCAUAUAGUAUAAUUGAUUCUCUCCCAAGUCGAUACACUGUCUGUCUGGACAGGAUGCAAUUGUUCAGCCAAGUGCUUCAUCACGGCGGCAGUGUGUGUGUGUGUGUGUGUGUGUGUGUGUGUGUGUGUGUGUGUGUGUGUGUGUGUGUGGCCCUGUGUUCUGUUCGCUGUGAGUCUGACUGCUAGUCUCUCUCUCUCUCUCUCUCCUGUGUGACUGACAGAUCUGGAGUGUGGAGACGUGCCCCUGCUCACUCCAGGGAGCAAAGAGAUGAUGUCUCAGGCUCUGAAGGCCACGUUCAGCGGCUUCACAAAGGAACAGCAACGACUGGGCAUUCCCAAAGGUAAGGCACAUAAACAAGGGCUUACUUUCUCUUUCUGUGUCUUUCUCUCUCUUUCUCCCCCCUCUGUUUCUCUUCCUAGCUCUCACUUUACAUGCAUAUUUUUAAACCUACAUCCUUCCUCUCAGUAUGACUAAAGAUAGCUAAGUGGUGACAUUAUAUACAAAAAGACAGAUUGAGUGUAUUGGUAUUCAGACAGACUGUAGGAAUCAGAGAAAGCCGGGGUAGAGACAGACAGAAAUUAUAAAUAAUGGUUCUUCGAUUGAGGCAUACCACAGAGCUCAUCAUUUUGGUAUUAUAGGAUGCAUCAUGUCUAUGUUGUGUUUCCCCAGUCCACCCCUCCCAGCCAGUCCGCAAAUAGCUGGGGUUUCACUGUCAGUCUAUUGUUACUAUCACCACUUAUCUGCACCACCUCACCUCUUACCUCUAAUAGCAGCAGCAGGUCUAAAAUCAUGACCCACUGAAACUGCUAAUGAAAAUGAAUGUGCUACAGAAACCGCUCUGUGGCCUGAUAAUAAUACCUCAUCUCCAUUCUAGUUCAGGGGAGUGUAGAUUAAAUCAGAGUGGAGUGGAGGUAUCUUGUUACCAUGUAUAUGACUGUGACCUCAGGUAGCCCUUCAGUGACAUGUCCCUCCCUCUCCCCCCAUGUCCCUCUCAGACCCCAGGCAGUGGACAGAGAGCCACGUGGGAGAGUGGCUGACGUGGACGGUGAACGAGUUCAGCCUGAAGAGUGUGGACUUCCACAAGUUCUGUAUGAACGGGGCCAGUCUGUGUGCCCUGGGGAAGGAACGCUUCCUGGAUUUAGCACCUGACUUUGUGGGCGACAUCCUCUGGGAACAUCUAGAGAUGCUUCAGAAAGGUAGGCCCAGGCUCUAGCAUGAUGUACUACAGUACCCAUAAUGCUCUGUACAACAUAUCAAUCAGGGUUGGGCUCAAUUCUAAUUAAGGCAGUCAAUUCAGGAAGUGAUUUGAAUUUAAAAUUCAGACAUUUCAAAACCUUUGAUAUAAAUAGCUUCUACUUUAGUAAUUUAAAAUAAAUGCACUUUCUUAGAUUAUUGAAUUGCAAUUUUUGUUUACUUCCUGAAUUGACAACCUUCAAUUCAAAAUUGAGCCCAACCCUGGUAUCAAUCACAAGCCUCAGAAAUGCCUACUGAACCUAUCACAUUAGCUGUAGUGUGUAUUGAAGCACAGCAUUGCCGCUGUAGUCUAAUGGUGCCAAACGGUUUCAAAUGUUAUUAUUUGCAUGGUAAUCUGAGACGAAGAGGAAGACCUCCCUUUCCUCCUGGUAAUUAAUAUUUAAUCAGCCAGGCCCAACCAUACUGGAUGCAGUGUAUUUACGACCGUUAUAGGAUACAUUAAAUCAAUGACAGGGUCAGUGACUGUUGGUAUCUAUUUUUCAUGAAGAAGACACAAAGCAUUUCCCUGUCAACGGCCUGACCUCCACCUUCCAGGAAUCCCACUGUACCUCAGACUACUUUGUCAGUAAGUAUCACCAAGGAGACAACAUCCUAUGUACAUAGUCUGGCUCUAAUGUACUAAUGGCUUGUUAAUAUGUAAUAUGUUACAUCAAUCAAUGUCUAAACAUAAAGAAUGAGGAGAUGGCUCAGCACAGCAGGUCCAGUAUUUUGUUGUUGUUGCAGUUACACAACUGAGCUCUCUCUCUCUCUCUCUCUCUCUCUCUCUCUCUCUCUCUCUCUCUCUCUCUCAUCUCCUCCUCUCUCUCUCUCUCUCCUCUCUCUCUCUCUCUCCUCUCUCCUCUCUCUCUCCCUCCUUCUCCCCCCCCCCCCUCUCUCUCUCUCCCCCCCCCCCCCCCCCCUCCUCUCUCUCCCCCGCCUCUCUCUCUCCUCCUCCUCCUGUGUUUCUCCAGGCUAUGGCAUUGAGCAUGCCCAGUGCGUUCCUCCCUCUGAAUACUCAGAGCCGGGCUUCAUCACAGAGUCCUACCAGACCCUUCACCCAAUCAGCUCCGAGGACCUGCUGUCACUCAAGUACGAGAGCGAAUACCCAAACGUCAUCCUCAGGGACAUGCCCCUCAACCCACUGCAGGGGGACUACUUCUCAGUCAAGCAGGAGGUGGUCUCCCCCGACAACAUGUGUGUGGGCCGCAUCAGCAGAGGUGAGGGGUCACAAACAAGAUAGUAAAGGAAUUGGUUGGAAAUCAAGAUUUAGUGUAGUGUGGGGGAGUGUGGCUGUUACAGCUGCUGUAUUUUAGGUGCCCUAUCUCAAAGAGGAACAAGUUAACUUGGGUAACUUGGGGCCAUUACGUGAGUAGGCCUAUAGUCCAUGUCUCAGUUGUGCACAAGACUGAGACUCUGAUUCAGUCCAUACAGUAUGAAACUAUGAUAAGUAAUUCCACGGUGUAGACUGUAACUCCUUGUGUGAGUCUUGAGGUCUAGCUAAUUGUGCUGCGUUUGUGAAGAUCACUGUGUGUGUGUGAUUUCACUGACACCCUCCAAUCUUUCCCUGCCACAUCAGUACAUGUACCACGAUAGAAGAAAGGAGGCCCUAUAGCUGGCUUGUGGUUAAAGCAAACCCGCCUUGAGGAGAAAAUAAGUCAAUUGUUUAUGUCAGAGUGAGAUGAGAACAAAGCCACAUGGUGUGUUAGAGCUGUCUGUCCCUAUAGCCCAAGUAAGGUAACCUUCAAGAACAACCACAUUUGUUCUCUCUCAACUUUCUCAUCUCUGUUUUUCACAUCUCAACCUUGAGGUGGUUCUCAGCAAGGACAGAGAGUGUCAGAGAGCGUGGGUUUUCUUUCUCAUGAACCGCUCUGUUUACUUGCCACAUGCACCACUGUUUGGUUUCCCGCUGAUAGUUUGGAGAAUAAUUAACAGCGUAGUUUACAUUGAUACCAAUAAAGUUGGGAUUUUCUUCUCAAAUCCCCCAGUUGAACAAAUUAAUAGGGGGUAUCAGGGAGUUUACAGUACACAGGUCCAUCCAGUGGACUGACUGGGCAUUUGCCUGCAAGGUAUGUUCAGGCCUCGAACAUAAUACAUCUCAGGGUUUUUGGCAGUGCAUUGUGCUUUCUCAAUGUGGGAAAGUAUUUGUGGCACCACUGAAAACCACAUGUGGCUUCAAUUUGUGCAAUUGAAGAUUUCAGUAUCAGUUGAGGCACUGGAUUAUCUUUCAUUCUUUAAUAGCUCUCAGUUGAAAUGCUCCUCGUAUCUUUGCCGAGGCCAGAAAUAGCAAGGCAAUUUGUAUUGAUCUUCUUCCAAUUAGACGAAACCAAAUGGCAAUUGCACAUGCUAAACUGAGUGUGAAAUGAAGGGUCCAGGACCAUACAUUGUUAUACAGAACAAAGAAGCUCAGUGAGAGUGUAAUUUACUGCCAAUGUCUAAUGUGUAUUACUGCCAUAAAUACUGUCCUCUGUCAAAUCGUAAUGUCACUGCUCAAAACUAUUUACUUUCAGACAAUUCUAUUUUCAUUCCCUCUCACACUAUGAGCAAUAAAACUAACAGCUUCUGCUCUCCCCCUCUCUGUCUCUCAGGUAAACUGGGAGGCCAGGACUCGUUUGAGAGCAUCGAGAGCUUUGAAAGCUGUGACCGUCUGACCCAGUCCUGGAGCAGCCAGUCCUCCUUCAGCAGUCUGCAGCGCGUCCCAUCCUACGACAGCUUCGACUCCGAGGACUACCCCAGCGCCCUGCACGGACACAAGCCCAAGGGAACCUUCAAGGACUACGUCAGGGAGCGCUCAGACCUCAGCAAAGACAAACCUGUCAUCCCCGCCGCAGCGCUCGCAGGAUACACAGGUUAGUCAAAAUUAAUGAAUAAAAUACAGGUUACAGUUUGAAAAAUGUGCGAUCAACUACAAUAGGUAUGGCCAAACGAUAAUCCCUCUUAUUUCUUAGAGGCAUUUUUACGCCACCCAACUGAGCCCUUUGUUACAUAUUUGCCAGGCAGUUGCAGCAGAUGUACAUACUGUAGGUGUGCCUCAGUGUAACUGGGUCUCUGUAACUGGCAGCACAGCUUCUGGCUGAGAGCGUUUAUAUACACUCUAUAACAGCCUACGGCACUGCAGCACCAGAGUCAUGCAUUUACAGGAAACAAAGACAUGUUGCUUCACUUUCAUCUCUCCAUCUCGCCUCGUCUUGACUCUGUCUUUCUCAUCUGCACCGUUUUAUCUGUGGCCGCAUCUCAACCUAUUUUCCAGGUCGUCUUGGCAACCUGGGUGCAAACACAAAACGAUACCUGCUCUGUGCGCUUGACACUAGAGUAGAUGUAUCUGUUCAUCUUUAAGGCCCCUUUCUAUCUACAGUACCUGAUGAAAAAAGCUAUUCUAUCCUCUAUUCAAACACAAAGAAACACAUCUUAGAAGUUUUUUAAAAGAUCAAAGGUCUGGCAUAUUCUAUUUUCAUAUUAUUUUUAUGUCAAGGUUUUCAGUUUGUUUUGUAAAAACGUUGUGAAAAAGUUAACAUUUUUGCUACUUAAAUCCCUAUACACCGUUUGACAUUUUGGGACCUAUAGCCAUUACAGAAAUGUGUUUAUGGAACACUUCACAUGUGAUCGCAUGUGAAAUUCAUGUGUUUUUUCCGUAAGGGAGUUGAAUUCUCCAUGUUUCAAAGUAGAGCACAAGUAUAUACAGUGCAUUCGGAAAGUAUUCAGACCCCUUGACUUUUUCCACAAUUUGUUACGUUACAGCCUUAUUCUAAAAUGGAUUACAUUCAGAUUGCAUUACUCAUUGCCUUCUAUUGGCAUCUCAUGGUAAUUUCUGAUGUUCUGAAGUUUUCUGUACUAAUCAAUUAUGUCAACUACUUCAUUCAUGCAUUCAUCUUUUGAUCAUAAUUGCAUACCUACAGAAAUGUACAUUAGAUUGACAGUACCAGUCAAAAGUUUGGACACACCUACUAAUUCCAGGUUUUGUACAUUGUAGAAUAAUAGUGAAGACAUCAAAACUGUGAAAUAACACAUAUGGAAUCAUGUAGUAACCAAAAAAGUGUUAAACAAAUCUAAAUAUAUUUGAGAUUUGAGAUUCUUCAAAGUAGCCACACUUUGCCUUGAUGACAGCUUUGCACACUCUUGGCAUUCUCUCAACCGGCUUCAUGAGGAAUGCUUUUCCAACAGUCUUGAAGUAGUUCCCACAUAUGAUGAGCACUUGUUGGCUGCUUUUCCUUCGCUCUGCGGUCCAACUGAUCUCAAACCAUCUCAAUUCGGUUGCAUUCGGGUAAUUGUGGAGGCCAGGUCAUCUGAUGCAGCACUCCAUCACUCUCCUUCUUGGUCAAAUAGCCCUUACACAGCUUGGAGGUGUGUUUUGGGUCAUUGUCCUGUUGAAAAACAAAUGAUAGUCCCACUAAGCGCAAACCAGAUGGGAUGGCGUAUUGCUGCAGAAUGCUGUUGUAGCCAUGCUGGUUAAGUGUGCCUUGAAUUAUAAAUAAAUCAUUGACGGUGUCACCAGCAAAGCAUCCCCACACCAUCACACCUCCUCCUCCAUGCUUCACGGUGGGAACCACACAUGUGGAGAUCAUCCGUUCACCUACUCUGCAUCUCACAAAGACACGGCGGUUGGAACCAAAAAUCUCAAAUUUGGACUCAUUAGACCAAAGGACAGAUUUCCACCGGUCUAAUGUCUAUUGCUCGUGUUUCUUGACCCAAGGAAGUCUCUUCUUAUUAUUGGUGUCCUUUAGUAGUGGUUUCUUUGCAGCAAUUCGACCAUGAAGGCCUGAUUCACGCAGUCUCCUCUGAACAGUUGAUGAUGAGAUGUGUCUGUUACUUGAACUCUGUGAAGCAUUUAUUUGGGCUGAAAUCUGAGGUGCAGUUAACGCUAAUGUACUUAUCCUCUGCAGCAGAGGUAAUUCUGGGUCUUCCUUUCCUGUGGCGGUCCUCAUGAGAGCCAGUUUCAUCAUAGCGCUUGAUGGUUUUUGCGACUGCACUUGAAGAAAUGUUCCGGAUUGACUGACCUUCAUGUCUUAAAGUAUUGAUGGACUGUCAUUUCUCUUUGCUUAUUUGAGCUGUUUUUGCCAUUAUAUGGACUUGGUCUUUCACCAAAUAGGGCUAUCUUCUGUAUACCAGGGGCGGCAGGUAGCUUAGUGGUUAAGAGCGUUGUGCCAGUAACUGAAAGGUCACUGGUUCUAAUCCCCGAGCCGACUAGGUGAAAAAUCUGUCGAUGUGCCCUUGAGCAAGGCACUUUACCCUAAUUGCUCAUGUAAGUCGCUCUGGAUAAGAGCGUCUGCUAAAUGACAAAAACAAUUUUUAAAAACACCCCUAUCUUGUCACAACCCAACCGAUGGGCUCAAAUGCAUUAAGAAGGAAAGAUUUCCACAAAUUCACUUUUAACAAGGCACACCUGUUACUUGAAAUGCAUUCCAGGUGACUACCUCAUGAUGCUGGUUGAGAGAAUGCCAAGAGUGUGCAAAGCUGUCAUCAAUGCAAAGGGUGGUUACUUUGAAGAAUCUCAACUAUAAAAUAUAUUUUGAUUUGUUUAACACUUGUUUGGUUACUACAUUAUUCCAUAUGUGUUAUUUAAUAGAUUUGAUGUCUUCACUAUUACUCUACAAUGUAGAAAAUAGUAAAACUAAAGAAAAACCCUGGAAUGAAUAGGUGUGUCCAAACUUUUGACUGGUACUGUACAUUAGACAUUUAAGGUAAAAUGAAAGACAGAUAUAAACAAUUGGCAUGCCCUAAUUGAAGACUUUUACAUGGCUAGAAUAUGCAUUCGUAAUAUAAUGCCAGCUAGUGGUACAGAUGUAGAAUCUUAAUUUGAUCCACCCUGUUGCAGGCAAACUUUUGGUUUAAAAAGGCUUUUGAAGUUUAUAAUUUCCACAUUGACAUUUCAGACUUGAUUUUCCCUUACGAAAAAUGUAUCAACCCCUACAAAAAUGUCCAUGAAUUAUAAUCCACAUGAUAAAUCACGUUUCCUGUUGCUGCAGGAUUAUUUUCCUGCUGUAGCAAACUGGCUCAAAUGAAGUUCCUACAUCUGUAGGCUAUUUGCUGCAUGUCAUCAUUCAUGCAUUUCUGGAAAGUAAUUCACUUCCCUACUGUAGGUGUUUAAUGAUGUAGCAUUAGUUAUAAAGCUACCAUAGACUCAUGUUCAAAGCCUAAUGCAUGUUCCCAUGUUUUCAUUGGAGUCAGAAUACUUUCUUAGAGCUUUUAGAGUCAUGCAGAACUAAAGAGAAGAAAAUAAACAUAAGUGGGAAAAAUAUUUCAAUAUGCUUCAGAAAUAAAGUGUCUAGCUGGCAACAACCAUUGUUAUUAACUGUUAUUACCCUGUAUGCUGUCCUGCAGCCAAGAGAAAGAUCACCCCCAUAAUGCCCCCAAACAACUAAUGCAUCUUAUCACUAUGUGAAAAACAGAGAGAAUCUCCCAAAAAAUAGUAAGACAUUUAUGUAAUAUCUCAAAUAGCUUUUGAUGAAAACGUGUGUUUUGGCUUCCUGUCCCAGUACCUGUGCACUGACAGGCACACACAUGGUUCUCAGUGAUGAGUUGGUGAGAUAAAGAAGGUGUGGAUAAGUGAGGCUUAGUCAGUCGUCAGCUCUCUCUGAGGUUUCUCAUCUCCAAUCACACUUCUGUCACCUCUGGGGAAGCAGCAGGCAGUCAGUCACAGCACCUUGGGGUCAACUACAGCCCCCCCCCCCCCCCCCCCCCCCCCCCCCCCCUCUCUCUCUCUCUCUCUCUCUCUCUCUCCACCCUGCAUAGGCUACAGUCUCAUCUGUAAAGCCUAAGGGCAGAUCCUAAACAGUACUAUGAAUGCCAGCCCCCCACCCUUUCUCCACAGUAUAUGCUUUUUCAAUGAGGCCCAUUGUGCAUGGGGGCUUUUAACAUAUUUUUGAGAAAACAUUUUAGGGUCACCAACAUUCUCGUGUGAGAGAGCUUGAGGGGGCUGGAAAGGGGCACUGUUGUAUCACCCUUAUGUGGGCCCAUGGUUACAGUAGCAGGCUUUUUGGAAUGUGACUUCAUCUGGAGGAGUGCUACUGUACAGUAGUCAGUUGAAUAUAGCUGGUUAUUAUUUGCUGAAAUGUGGGUAUUGCAUCUUUGCAUUCAUGUUCAUAACUGAAUGAAGCGAGUAGAAGCCUUGGAUUGAAAACAACUUAUUUUGCUUUCAAGUGUUCAACCCACACUCCCAUUUCUCUGAAAGCUUUGGUUUGUGUCGUAUAAGGGUGCUUUUAUGAGGCAGGUCUGAGAGGUAACAGCUCCGCUCUGCUGCAGCUUUGCUAAGCGAGCGCUGCAUAGGCAGGUGUGAUUUAGAACCGGGUGGAUGUUUCUGUCUGUACAGAAAACCACAAGAUCAAAGAGUACGGAAGAUAAUAGAGUGCAGCACAAACCAAACAUCGUUUUUCUCACCUGCUACUCUUUUUCUUAUCAACACGAUUGUAAUAACCCCUGCAGUUCAGGUCGUCACAUUGGGUCCAUUUGUUUAGUCUACAAAUAUAUGUAAAAAAUAUGUCAAUGAAAUUGUAUGUAAAUGCAUUCAAUUGCUUUUACAGUAUAUUGCAUUAUCAGUGCAUACCUGAACAUGACAGAAAAUCAAGCGACAUUUGUUUACCAAUUAGAUGAAAUGUAAUGUUUAUAAUGGCUGAUCUCUGGGAGUCUACACUACACACACACACACACAUACACACACACACACAAACACACACAGCCAAGGCCUCAUGAAGACCCCCUCUUAUUUAAACCACUGUGAUUUCAUCGCCAUGAUAUUCAUACAGACAGACAACAACACGCUGUGAACUCCAGCUCCACGUACUGCAGAGGGCAAAGGGUAGACAAAGGGAUUCAUGAUGAAUGGGAACCUUGUCUGUGAAAACACUGUUUUCUCUCCAUUAUCGUGCCUUUUACACGUCUGAUUCAGAGUGGAAUAUUUGUAUUUUUAUAGCUGGAGAUGAAUGACCCCAAGACAAGUAGUUAAUGAGAAACAUGAGAAGAACAGUCAGUCACAGAUAUGCUGUGUUUACAUGCGGCUGAUGAUGACAUGUUCCGUAAUACUGAUCUGUAUUGUACUGAAAACAAGGCUCCUCUCUCUCAGUGUUCUAACCUUGUUCUCCUCUCUCUCCCUUCUCCUGGUUCUGCUCUGCAGGCAGCGGCCCCAUCCAGCUGUGGCAGUUUCUGCUGGAGCUUCUGACGGACAAGUCCUGUCAGUCCUUCAUCAGCUGGACGGGAGAUGGCUGGGAGUUCAAGCUGUCCGACCCUGACGAGGUGAGAGGUCAUGACCCCAUCACCACUGACCUCACAUGGCAUGGGGGCCCUAAACAGUUAGACAGAUGAGCUUGAUGUUUUUUUAAUGUGACGCCAACAACAGUGUUAUUUGUCUCACUUAGACUCAGAGGAACCUUAGCGGUAUCAGGUACAUUUAGCUACAUUAAAUAUUCAUCCAUGUCAAGAGAAGACAUAUACACGAAAACAUUGUAAUGUGAGGUUAGUGCAGAGCUCUGUCUCAUGGUUGAUACAUGGUGUAACAAGGUGCCUUUUCCCUCUGUGACUCAGGUGGCUCGGAGGUGGGGGAAGAGGAAAAAUAAGCCCAAGAUGAACUACGAAAAGCUGAGCCGAGGCUUGCGCUACUACUACGACAAGAACAUCAUCCACAAGACAUCAGGGAAGCGCUACGUCUACCGCUUUGUCUGUGACUUAAAAAGCCUGCUGGGAUACACCCCUGAGGAGCUCCACGCCAUGCUGGACGUUAAGCCUGAUGCAGACGAGUGA